AUGGAAUCAAGUCGAGCCCUUCUCACGACCCUCCGCUAUACCCUUGGUCUUACCAACCUGCGAGACGUGACACAACUAAGCAAAGUGUCCCAGAGCCGGCUCGAGCAAAAGUUUGACGCUAUAUCUGAGAGGUUCUCGACUAAGAGAAUGGGCAGCAUUUACAUGAGAUGGCUUAUUCAUCAAGACUUUACGAUAGGAGAGCGUCUUCAAAGUCAAGUUGUCCAGCAAUGGGUUUCAUUUGUGGACUCUUGGGGGUUGAAGGUUGAAGAAGCCAUCAUCUUAUGGGCAAAAACUAUGAAAGAACCCACUGAGUCGGGCCAAGAAACAAAGCAGUUGAGAGAGAACAGAAAUGCUUUACGACAUGAAAUAGAGUCUCAGUUCUUUAAACUUAAACAUAGGAACCCAGAACCCAUACCACGCUCCGGCUCAGAUAAAGCCGUGCCUCCAUGGCGCAAUCACAGCGUCAAAACCCGCCGUCAAAUCAGAGAGUUUGAUGAAUAUGCGAAGGAUAUGCACAUCAAAUCUACACUUAAGAACUGGCCGACGAAGGAUAUCCAAUUCCCGAGUAUAGAGACUGCCGCAGAUACAGAGAGCGACGAAUCAUCAGAGACUGCGUCGCUUGAUAUAAAACGGGAACAUGGGGAAGAACCGGCCCAGAAAAAAGCAAGGCUUGACACUGAGGGUAGUAAUCCCAGUUUGGUCCUAAAUGGAUCAGGCACGAGGUCGUCUCCGAUCGAUCUGACCGUAUGA